AUGAAGUGGAUAUUGCUAUUACUCUGUUGUUUUGGCUUCGUGACGACGAAGCCACGUCAAAAGUUUGAAAUCGUUCCACAGCAAAAUGUGGAAGGAGUGGAUGGAUUAUUGAGCUUGGAAAGUUUAAACUCUCAUAACUUGCACCACCAUAUCGGACAAAUCGACGAUUCUUCGACUAAGGGAAUGGAGUUCCUAGCUAAAUACGGAUUAAUCGAAAAUACUCGCACAUGUGGCUAUUGUCCCACUCCAAUGUCCCUCGUCAGAGACACAGCUUUGAAAUCCGAUUUCUACGUUUGGCGCUGCGCCGGAUGCAAGAAAGAUCAAUCAACAAAAAAAUUAACAGUCAAAGCUGGAUCUUUCUUUGAAGGAUUACAUUUGUCGGUUCAACAAGUAUUAUAUGCUGCUGCUGACUGGCUCGAAAAUCCUUCAAAACCGGUACUGGACGCUUCGAGAGAUUUGAAAAUGGAUAAAAACACGAUAGUAAAACUACAAGAAUGGUUUCGUCAGAUGACGAAACAAUGGUUUUACAGAGAAGGAAGUCGUGACCCGAACAUGAAACUGGGAGGCCGAAAUAAAAUUGUUGAAAUUGACGAGACACUCAUGUACCGCGCCAAGUACAACAGAGGCAAAAUGCUUACGAGACGACAGGUGUGGGUAUUUGGGAUGAUCGAACGAGGCACUUCGAAAGUUAUCAUGUUCCGCGUCCCAAAACGUGACAGCGCAACACUUCUCCCCAUCAUUCAUAAAUAUGUGCUCCCAGGGACUACUAUUGUGUCAGACGGCUGGAGAGCAUAUGGAGGGAUUGGAAGAAUGCAGUCCGGCUACCAUCAUCUAUUCGUCAAUCAUAAAACUAUUUCGUGGAUCCAACCGACAGAAGCGUUCACACUCAAACCAUCGAGGCCACUUGGGGUGUUUUGA